AAGACCUGUAUUCAAAGAGAAUGGCAAUGGUCUCUGCGAUGCCCUGGGUCCUGUAUUUGUGGAUAAGUGCUUGUGCGAUGCUGCUCUGCCAUGGAUCCCUUCAGCACACUUUCCAGCACCAUCACCUGCGCAGACCAGAAGGAGGGACAUGUGAAGUGAUCGCUGCGCACAGAUGUUGUAAUAAGAACCGCAUUGAGGAGCGAUCACAAACAGUCAAGUGUUCCUGUCUACCCGGCAAAGUGGCUGGAACGACAAGAAACCGACCUUCCUGUGUCGAUGCCUCCAUAGUGAUUGGGAAAUGGUGGUGUGAGAUGGAACCUUGUCUAGAAGGAGAAGAGUGUAAGACACUCCCUGAUAAUUCCGGAUGGAUGUGCGCUACAGGCAAUAAAAUCAAGACCACAAGAAUUCACCCAAGAACCUAA